GAGAGAGAGAGAGAGAGAGAGAGAGAGAGACCCUCAUCACCAAAGAUAUUUUUUCAGAUCUAAUCCUCAUACUUUUAGCUUCCCUGGAUCAUCCUCGGAACUAAACUGAACGGCUCUUUAAUAUGGUGCUGACUUCAUUCACAGUUUCAACAUCACUGGACCUCCAAAAUUUUACAUAACCACAAGACGCAAACACCAAAUGGCAACACUUCUUGUUAAGCUCUUUCUCACCACCAUUCUUGUCUCUCUUUCCUACUUUCUUGGCUCUUACUUACACGGCUUCUCUCUCUCUGCACCUGUGCUUCCCCUUCAAGUUCAACCCCUUCUCUCACACUGUUUGCAGCUUAACUCCACAACCCACUUCCCUAUUUCUCCUCCUCUUCACUUUGAGCCACUCCACACUCUCCCUCUUCCUCCACAAUCCUCACAAAAGCUUCCAUUUUUAUUCAAGUUUUGUCCCAGCAACUUUACCAAUUACCUGCCUUGCCAUGACCCUUCACUUGAAAAGAACUUCACUGUUGAAAGGUUCUUUCACAGAGAGAGGCAUUGCCCUGUGGGGAGAGUCAAGUGUUUGGUUCCAAAGCCUGUCGGUUAUAGGAGGCCUUUUGGGUGGCCAAAGAGCAAAGACUAUGCUUGGCACAAGAAUGUGCCUUUCAAGAAGCUGACCGUGUCUAAGAAAUCUCAGAAUUGGGUUCGAUUGGAAGGUGAGCGUUUUGUUUUUCCUGGUGGUGGGACUUCUUUUCCAAUGGGAGCAAAGGGUUAUGUUGAUUUGAUCAAGAAGUUUGUGCCUUUGAAAUCUGGAAAGAUAAGAACUGUUCUUGAUGUUGGAUGUGGGGUUGCAAGCUUUGGAGCUGCUUUAAUGAAUUAUGACAUCUUGACAAUGUCAAUUGCUCCUAGGGAUAUACACGAAGCUCAAGUACAGUUUGCACUGGAAAGAGGACUUCCAGCGAUGCUUGGUAUAUUAGGCACAUAUCGGCUUCCAUAUCCAUCAAGAUCUUUCGAUAUGGCACAUUGCUCUCGGUGCCUUGUGCCGUGGGCCAAUUAUGAUGGGCUUUACCUGAUGGAGAUAGACCGAGUUUUACGUCCGGGAGGCUAUUGGGUGUUAUCUGGGCCACCUAUCAGUUGGAAGACUAACUAUAAAGGUUGGGAGAGAGAUGCUAAGGACUUGGAGAAUGAGCAGAUCAAUUUGGAAGAUCUCGCAAAAAAACUGUGCUGGAAAAAAAUUGGCGAGAGAGGACCGAUUGCUGUGUGGCAAAAGCCUACUAAUCAUGUGCACUGCAUCCGGAAGUCAAAGGCUCAGAAAUCAGCACAAUUUUGUGUUACAACUGAUCCUGAUUAUGUUUGGUACAAGAAGAUGGUUCCCUGCAUUACUCCUCUUCCAGAUGUGAAAGAUAUCCACAAUAUAUCUGGAGGCGUUCUUGAAAGUUGGCCUAAAAGGUUGAACAGGGCUCCGCCUCGAAUUAGAAGUGGGAUUAUUAGAGGCCUAACAGUUAAGGAUUUUGAUAAAGAUAACCAGUUAUGGAAAAAGAGAAUUUCCUACUAUGAGAUCAUACUUAAGUCUCUCAGUUCCGGUAAAACUAGAAACAUAAUGGACAUGAAUGCUGGUUCAGGGGGCUUUGCAGCUGCACUGGUCAGGUAUCCGGUUUGGGUAAUGAAUGUGGUUCCCUAUGAUGCAAAACAAAAUACGCUUGGAGUUUUGUAUGAGCGUGGCCUCAUCGGAACUUACAUGGAUUGGUGCGAGGCCUUUUCAACAUAUCCUAGAACAUAUGAUUUGAUACAUGCCUAUGGUAUAUUUAGCUUGUAUAUGCACAAGUGUGACAUUGUUGAUAUUCUUCUUGAGAUUUAUCGAAUUCUUCGCCCGGAAGGAGCUGUAAUAAUAAGAGAUCAUGUGGAUGUCAUUGUGAAAGUGAAAGACAUCACAGACAGAAUGAGAUUAAAUAGCAAGAUUUUACACAGUGAAAAUGGACCCUUCAAUCCUGAGAAGAUAUUGUUGGUUGACAAUUCCGAAUAAGGUAAUACACUUGCUGCUAACCCUUUUUCACCAUGUAAAAGUAUCAUUGCACCAGGAAAAUAAUAAUAUUUGAUGAGCAAAUGUACUAUAUAUGAUUUAUGUAUUAUUGAAGAAGGGAUUAUAGUAAUAUAUGAUGAGAAAAUGUAUGAUUAAUUAUAUUUAAACCAAUGUUUUUAAA